AUGCCUUCCUACAACGUUGUUGUCUUUGGUGGUGACCACUGUGGUCCCGAGGUUACUGCUGAGGCUAUCAAGGUCCUCCGUGUCAUCGAGAAGAAGCGUGAUGUCACCUUCAACCUGCAGGACCACCUGCUCGGCGGCGCGUCCAUUGACGCGACCGGCACCCCUUUGACCGACGAGGCCCUGACUGCCGCUAAGAACGCCGACGCCGUCCUCCUCGGUGCCAUCGGUGGCCCGAAAUGGGGAACCGGUGCUGUCCGCCCCGAGCAAGGCAUUCUCAAGCUUCGUAAGGAAAUGGGCACAUUCGGCAACCUGCGUCCUUGCAACUUCGCCGCUCCCUCUCUGGUCAAGAGCUCCCCUCUCAAGGAGGAGAUCUGCCGCGGUGUCGACUUCAACAUCAUCCGCGAACUCACCGGCGGCAUCUAUUUCGGCGAGCGCAAGGAAGACGACGGCUCCGGCUACGCCAUGGACACUGAGCCUUACACCCGCGCCGAGAUUGAGCGUAUUAUCCGUCUCGCUGCGCACCUUGCUCUGCAGCACAACCCGCCCCUGCCCGUGUGGUCCCUGGACAAGGCCAAUGUCCUCGCUACCAGCCGUCUGUGGCGCAAGGUUGUUACGGAGGUUAUGGCGAAGGAGUUCCCUCAGGUCCAGAUCGGACACCAUCUUAUUGACUCCGCUGCUAUGCUUAUGAUUAAGGACCCGCGCAAGCUGAAUGGUAUUGUUGUUACUAGCAACCUCUUCGGUGAUAUCAUUUCCGAUGAGGCUAGUGUCAUUCCCGGUUCGCUGGGUCUGUUGCCUAGUGCCAGUUUGAGCGGUAUCCCGGAUGGCAAGAGCCGUGUCAACGGUAUCUAUGAGCCUAUUCACGGUUCCGCUCCCGAUAUUGCUGGCCAGGGUAUCGUGAACCCCGUCGCUGCUAUUCUGUCCGUCGCUAUGAUGAUGCAGUACUCCUUCAACAUGUUCGAUGAGGCCCGCAUCAUUGAGAAGGCCGUUAGCAACGUCAUUGAGGCUGGUGUCCGUACUGGCGACAUUGGCGGCAAAAACACCACUGUUGAGGUUGGUGAUGCCGUUGUUGCUGAGCUGGAGAAGCUCCUCAAAUAA